AUGCUCCGGCGCAGCGCGCAACGCUGCUGCGAUCUCUACGCCGCGCUGGGGGUGCGUCCGAAUGCCUCGCAGGGAGAGCUGCGGGAGGCGUAUCUGCGCAUGGCCAAGCAACAUCAUCCGGAUGUGGCCAACUCCCAUGGAAGUGGCGCGCACUUCCAACGCGUCCAGCGGGCCUGGGAGACUCUGCGUUGUCCGCAGCAACGCUUGGCCUAUGACAGCACCACCCGCUUUGAAACCAACAGCCAGAUUCUUCGCCACCGAGCGGCGAAGCAGGCAGCAUAUGCUGCACAGAACACUGCGCCCAAGAUGCAUUGGUACGAGGAUCUACGACAAGCAGCACAGCAAGAGCGGAUGCGCCAGGAGAUGAAUCGCAAGGAGAAGAUCUUUCCAGAUGCAUAUGAUGACCCUGUUCGCAUGCAAGCGCAGCAAUUUGAAAGGGUGAUGCGCGAAGUGAGGUCCAACCCGGAUUUUGGACAGUUCGUUGGCGCCGGUUUGCAGAUGAAGCUGAUCUGUCAGCUGGGCUUUAUUCUGGCAGCCAUGUUGAACUUGCUGCUAUGGGCCUGGGCCAAGCAGCAACGAUCCCAGAGCAGCACCAGGCCACCCAGCUCCUUGGACCGUGCCCUGAAAUCUGUGGGCAUCGACCUGCGCUGA